CCUCCAUUCCUAUGUCCCAAGUCUCUGAGUUAUUUCAUUGAAGCGCACUCAACUUUCUCCAUUGAAGCGCACUCAACUUUCUCCAUCGAAGCGUUCUCCGUUGAAUCUAAUUCUUGUAUCCCCCAUUGAAGCAGCUUCUAAGACCUAUUGAAGCUUCAAGUUUGCACCAGCCAAUCAUCCUGGGUAAGAAGGCAAGAAGCAUGUUGGAGAGCAAGGGAAACUCAACCUUUAACAAGUCAACAGGUUUGCCUCGGAAGCGAUUUUACCGGGCCCGAGCCCAUAGUAAUCCGUUAAGUGAUUCUCACUUUCCUGUUCCACUUUCACCUCAACAUGUUGACUAUUCACUUCAUUUUCCUCAAAUUUUUCCUUCCCCUGACCGAUCUGGAGAUGCAAGGAGGAUUGAAUUUGCUGAUGUAGGUUGUGGUUUUGGAGGGCUUUGUAUUAGCCUUUCAACUCUGUUCCCUGAAAAGCUAAUGAUUGGAAUGGAGAUUAGGGAUAAGGUGACAGAGUAUGUUAAGGAACGGAUUUUGGGCUUGAGGACAACAAACCCUGGUCAAUACCAGAAUGUCUCUGUGGUAAGGACCAACUCCAUGAAAUACAUUCCAAACUAUUUUGAGAAGGGUCAACUAUCAAAAAUGUUUUUCUUGUUUCCUGACCCACACUUUAAAGAGAAGAAUCACCGUCGUAGAGUAAUCAGCCCAUUCUUGCUAGAUGAAUAUGCUUAUGUACUCAAGGAAGGAGGGAUCAUCUACACGAUCACAGAUGUUGAGGAGCUGGGAGUCUGGAUGAGAACAUGUCUUGAGAAUCAUCCCAUGUUUGAGUGUAUUACAGAUGAAGAGCUUGAAGCAGAUCCUGUCGUUAAGCUCCUGGUAUCUGCUACCGAGGAAGGGCAGAAGGUCGCCAGAAAUGGGGGACAGACUUUUCAAGCAGUUUUCAGACGUGUUGCUUUGUCUGGUUAGUCUGUAACAUUGGACUGGCUUCUAAACUCUUGGUGCUAAGGAAGGAAAGCAGGUCACCAGGAAUUUAAGACAGAUUUUUCGAGCCUCAGACAGAUUGCCUUGUCUGGUUAGUCAGUAUUCUGUAUUAUUAGAAUGACUUAGUUUUUAGCUGAACAAAUCUAUUAUACAUCUCUUAGGAGUAGUUCAAUUUCAAUUUUGAGAUGCGGAAUCUGCGCUGUGCUAAUUUGCAAGAUAUUGAGUUGUUUUGACUGUAUUAUUAUUCAUAUAUUAUGCUUACAGCUUAA